CUGCAAGCUUCAACAACUGCCACCGACCCUCUUUUGUGAGAAUCGACAACCAAAACACAGGCCCUUCUUGCUUCUUCCGCCCAAUGCCCUUCUACCACCACCGACAGUCAAUACUCAGGCCUUUUUCACGCGACCUCACCUAACACCUUUGCGACGAAAUACCCCGCCAUUGUCCGGUUUUAACGCGUCUCGAGAUUGAGUGAGUCCAGGGUUCACCUCCAACAGCACCGGACUUGCGCUCGAUUCCACCGCCUGACCGACCGUGAACUCUGGAUUGACCCUCGCAAACCACCUCAUCAAAGCGCCCAAGUGGCUAUAAAUCCUUCAGCUUGCUUGAGCACGAUGACCCAAUAAACCUCCGCUGGUUCCCUUCUCUAACUCGGCCUAUUGUCAUUUCUCCGAUGCUCCGCCAAUUAGCUACUCUACCACGAUGCCGACAACCCACGUUGAACCGGGUUGCGACCCAUUAUUACAAGAUAUCGCGAAUGCAUUGUCGAAAUCCCGAAAGGUCGUUGUCAUCACGGGAGCUGGCAUUAGCACCAACUCUGGCAUUCCCGACUUCCGCUCCGAGAACGGCCUAUACUCCUUGAUUCAGGCCCAGUUCGAUGAGGCCCAGCAACAACACGGUACCGAAAGUAACAGCGAUGCCGACACGUCCGACAUGGUUGAACAGAGACCAGCCAAACGACAGCGGAGGACAUAUGGCGACUCCGGGCCCCCGGGCCAGCAAACGCUCAAGGUCCCCGAUAUUCCUUUUCCAGGUCUCCGCAAUGCGGCGCCGAAAGAAGUCGAACCCGAAACCCAACAACGUUAUGCCGCGAGAGAGGAGCAGCCUCGAGUCAUGGGGGUCGAAGAUACCAACCGGGACUCGGCUCCCUUUCCCUCCUCUCCUCCCAGUCACGCGUUCGCCACUCCACGCGCUCGCCCGCCCCAUCUCCUCGACGCCCUCCCGGCGAGCUCCUCGCCUCUCUCGUCCCCGCCGCCAGUCGUGUACGACCCCUACCAGGAGUCGACAAGUUGCUCGAGUCAAGACACCGAGUCCAGCCGGUCGGAAAGCGAAGGGCCCUCCUCUGUAACCACGCCCCUGCUUUCCUCACAAAACUCCUUCGUCUCGUCUCGAAACUCUCUUCCGAUCAUGAAGGGGCGCGAUUUGUUCGAUUCCCAGAUCUGGUCCUGCCCGACGAAGACGUCGGUAUUCUACACCUUCGUGUCCACCCUUCGCGAGAAGGUGCGAAGUGCCGAGCCGACGAGUAGCCACCGCUUCGUCAGCGUACUUCGUGACAGCAGGAAGCUUGUUCGGUGCUAUACCCAAAACAUCGAUCAGUUGGAGGAACGCGUCGGCCUCAGUACCUCGUUGUCCCUAGGGGUAGGCAGUCGGUACCGCUUUUCCACCCGGUCGGGGCGGAACGCUGCUGGGACGAAAGGUUCGGCAAAGGGUGCUGCUGAAAGUGUCCCCAAUGCCAGCCAAGGAUCGUCACAGAGGGAUGGAGAACAGGAAGGAGCGUCACAAUCACAAGAACAGCCGCAGCCCAGUCAAGCACGUCUUGAUGGGCCCACAGCAGGUGACACUGGCGGCGGGCCCUCCGCUACGGGGCCAAUAUUACCAACGUCCUCGGGCUCAGCUACCGUUUCCGAUAACACAUCAUCAUCAACGCCGCCGGCGUCGCAAACUACGGCACCCACAGCUCCCAAUCGCGGAGUCGAAUGCGUGUUUCUGCACGGGUCUCUGGCCGAGCUCCGCUGUUUCGUGUGCGCCCGCACCGCGUCGUGGGAAGAGGAGACCCGACUAGCAGAUACCCUUGCCGGUCGACAGCCUACCUGUCCACACUGCGCCGGGGCAACGGCCGCCCGGGAGGAACGCGGCAAGCGAGCGCUGGGUGUAGGCAAACUGCGACCGGACAUCGUACUGUACGGGGAAGACCACCCGCACUCCCACCUCAUCAGCCCCCUUGUUCAGCACGACCUCUCGCUCGGACCUGAUAUGCUCCUAAUUCUGGGAACGAGCAUGCGCGUCCACGGCCUCAAGGUUCUCGUCAAGGAGUUUGCCAAGGCCGUCCACGAUCGCGGGGGCAAGGUCGUGUUUGUGAACUUUACAAAACCACCCGAGAGCGUCUGGGCGGAUAUCAUUGACUACUGGGUUCAGUGGGACUGCGAUGCCUGGGUCGGUGACCUGCAGGCAAGAAAACCCGCUCUCUGGCUCCCACCUGGCGUCUCGCUCCCGGAAGAGGAUAAACCGAAGAGUUCCAAGUUAUCACGACGGCAAAGCGGCGCCGAAGGAAAACGGAAAGAGGGUGCUGACAAGACGAGGCGAGGGAGAGAGAGUGACGGGUUAGGGAACAACCAGAAGGAAGAAACCGGCGUGCCAGUUCAGCUACAAGGGCCCGAGCAAGGGCUUGAACAAGGGUACAAGGAAGAGAUGCCGCCACCCCCGGCGAAGGCCGUGCCCAAGAAGGCGGUCAAGGUCCCGAGGGAACCCAAGCUAAAUCCCGACGCGAAGCGCCCUGCGUCCGUUCGGGAUCACAAACAAAACGGGGCGUAUCUCGUUUACAAGAUCAUGGACGAUCUGCGGCUCAUCACCGGGGGAAGCCCAGCUCGAUCUGCUGCCUCGUCUCCGAUCAACACAACCAGGUCAAGAGCCAAGCGGCCUCGGAAAUCGGCACCGGUGACGCUGGAGCCCCAAGAUGCGCCGACGGAGCCGAGUCGCGUGGUCGAAACGCGUCACACCCAAACGCCAGCGCGCCCAACCGUCCCGGCAUCCUCCCCGGCUCCGAAUGCACUCCCGGGAGUUGAUUCCCCCGUCCGCAACAGCGAGAGCUCCAUCUCAGCAGCGGUCAAGAGCCGCAAGCGCAAGUCAGCCGUGACAUGGCGCAUGAUACGCGGCGUCGAGACGCGCGUCUCGCUCCACGAUGCGGGUGAGCCACAGCCACCCACGCCGUCGAUCCCCCACACGCCCGCCGUCCUCGCACCCUCGCCGGUGCCCGACUCCCGGCGGCUUCCUCCGCCGACGCCGACAACCCCCCAACAACCUUCCCCGUACCGUACCGACCCACACCACGGCCCCGAUCCGCAACCCAUAACCACAGGGCCCUCCACCUCGGCCAUUGACAUGGCCAUCACGGCCGGCUUCCGCGAGACCGACCGGCUCAUCGCCCAGAUCCACCACGAGACGCGCCUCUCCCGGCCCACAACCCCGAUACAGCUGCGCCUCCCACCGCUGCUCGUCCCCAACCCCUCCGACCAACAACACCAAGCGGCACAAGCCGCCCAUCCGCAUAACCGCCGCAAGGAGGACAAAGCGAAGCAGCAGCAGCAACAACAGCAAUACGAAUACCACACCGCCAAACUCGUCCCCAUGGAACCCAAGGUCGACUCGCCCGGUCCGCGGAAGGGCAUUUCCUCCAACGUCGGCAGCCCUAUCGCCCUGGGACGCAACCCCUUCUUCUUCGCCGACCCCCUGGUCGGACGCCUGGGGUACCCGCCUGUGUGGCUGCAGCAGCAACUCGCGUCGGAGGCGUGGGUGGAUGGGAAGCAGCAGCAGCCAGGGCAGGGACAGGGACGCGGUGUGAUGAAGGGGAAGGAUACGAAGGGGAAAGGGCUGCAAUCACACCCGCAACCACACCCGCAACCGCAAGCUGACCAGCGGGAUCGGGUGGCUGGUCAGAUGUCGCCGUGGUGCCCGGAUGAACAGCUCCGGAAGGAGCAGGAGGCGGCGAUGAUGCUGUCGGCUAUGCGUGGGACGGGGACGGGCGAGUUUCGCUGAUUCCGGUCCGGUGUGGUCUGGUUUGGUCCGGUCCGGUCUGGUUUGGUCGGGGUAUUGUGCAGUACUGGGGGAUGGUGUCCCUGAUGUUGUGCCUUGGUGUUCCAAUGCUGUAAAAACGGUUGUGUAGCGAUGUGAUGGGCUCUUUUGGAUAUAUAUGGGUGGUUUGGUUCAAGGGUGCAUUGUCAUGCAUUACGGCAUAGGUGUAUGAUGGGAUUGCCACUUGGUCGGGAUCAAAGGCGUUGAAAGGGUUCGAAUGUGAGGGAAGGGGACGGCGUUAGGGUUGGGGAAGUGCAUGGUAGAGCCGGCGCUGGUGAUGGGCUACCUAGUACGUAUAUAUACCAGUAUUGAACAACGGCGAGACCCAUCAGUUGCGGGG